AUGGUUAAAGUCACAGUUUGCGGUGCUGCCGGCGGUAUCGGUCAGCCUUUGUCCCUCCUUUUGAAGCUCAACCCUCAGGUCACUGAAUUGUCUCUCUUCGACGUUGUCAAUGUCCCUGGUGUUGGUGCUGACUUGUCUCACAUUAACACCGACGCCUCCACCAAGGCUUUCUUGCCUUCUUCCAAGGAGGACAAGACCGCUCUUGCUGAGUCCCUCAAGGGUUCUGACCUUGUCAUCAUCCCAGCCGGUGUCCCAAGAAAGCCUGGUAUGACCAGAGACGACUUGUUCAACAUCAACGCCUCCAUUGUCAAGGGCUUGGCCGAGGGUAUCGCUGAGAACGCCCCUAAGGCUUUCGUGUUGAUCAUCUCCAACCCAGUCAACUCCACCGUGCCAAUUGUCGCCGAGACCUUGAAGGCCAAGGGUGUUUUCGACCCAGCUCGUUUGUUCGGUGUCACCACCUUGGACAUUGUCCGUGCUAACACCUUCAUCUCGCAGCUCUACCCAUCCGAGACCAAGCCAACUGACUUUGAGAUCAGAGUCGUCGGUGGUCACUCCGGUGAGACCAUUGUGCCAUUGUACUCCCAGGGUGCUAAGUCUCACUACGACAAGUUGUCUGCUGAGCAGAAGAAGGAAUUGAUCCACCGUGUCCAGUUCGGCGGUGACGAGGUCGUCAAGGCCAAGGAUGGUGCUGGCUCCGCCACCUUGUCCAUGGCUUUCGCUGGUUACCGUUUGGCCGAGUCUCUCUUGAAGGCUGCUGCUGGUGAGGAUGUCACCGAGUGCACCUUCCUCUACUUGGACUCCUCCAUCAAGGGUGCCGCUGAGGCCAAGAAGUUGGUUAACAACUUGGACUUCUUCUCUCUCCCAGUCAAGUUGAGCAAGGACGGUAUUGCCGCUGUUCAGUACGACGUCUUGGAGAAGGCCAGCGACGAGGAGAAGAAGUUGUUGGAAGUUGCCAUUGACCAGUUGUCCAAGAACAUCGAGAAGGGUGUUGCUUUCGCCACCAAGUAA